AUGGCUGCAACUAUCUCAGUCCGGUCCAACCGUCUCUCUCCACCCGGUUCACCUUUCUCCCGACCACCGGUACACAAUCCCUCAUACUUAAAUCAAAUAAGAUCAUCAUUAAAAAAGGAACCAUAUUUUUGGAGAGGAGUAAUCGUAUCACCCAGGCGUAUUUUAGCGAGAGCAGGCUCAAGAGCCGACGACUCGUCGGCGCCGUUUGAGAUGUCCGUGGAGAACGCACUCAAGCUUCUCGGUGUACAAGACGGAGCAUCGUUCGAUGAAAUACUUCGCGCCAAAAAUUCCAUUGUUGCUACUUGUAAAGAUGAUCAGGAAGCUAUUGCACAGGUUGAAGCUGCAUAUGAUAUGUUGCUUAUGCGGAGCUUAACUCAGCGCCGAGCAGGAAAAGUCGCAAGUAGUAACAUUCGUUAUGCUGAUGUUAAACCUGUAAAUGGCCCCCGGAUAGGAUCAAUGCCACAGUGGCUGCAGACUACAGUUAAGAAUACACCUGUUUCAGUGGAAACGCCAUCAACUGGAGAGUUGGGCCUACAAGCAGGAGUAUAUGGAGCUUUGAUGGUUUUAACUUAUGUUAAUGGCACUUCCACCCCUUCUGUGGCACCUUAUGCUGGGGCUGAUGUUCCUGGGCUGAUAUUAGCUACAAGUUUCGGUGCUUCCUUGUACUUCAUGACCAAAAAGAAGGUGAAGUUAGGGAAAGCCACUGUAAUAACUUUAGGGGGCUUGUGGCUGGUGCAGUGGUGGGAUCGGCAGUUGAGAAUUGGUUGCAGGUGGACAUCGUUCCAUUUCUUGGCCUACACUCCCCAGCAGCUCUAG